GUCUGAUAUGGUUGCUAGGCAGUUUACCAUCUUGGUUGCGCUAUCUGAUUCACUACUGAAAAUAUUCUGGAAUUGUUUCAAUACAAUCAUAACUUCCAAUGUCCAUCGAAAUUUUGUGUCUGUGAUCGAUUUUCCAGUUUCCACCAGUGAACUCAUACUAUGAAAAUUCUGCUUCCGUUAGUUUUUCCUACGAAUUUUAUGAUUUUGAUCUUAGAAGAGACUGGAACAGGUGACAAGUAUAUGAUUAAUUCUUCUAUUUUACAACAGAAUACAGUUGUGACACAUAAUGUAUUGUUUUUUUGAAAGCUCUUCAUAAAGUGUACUCAUGUUACAAAUGGAUAAGUUAUCAGUACUACAUAAAGAGUAUGAGGAAUUGAGCAUUUAAAGUUACUUGAUCCUGCUACAAUUCAGUCUUUAAAGUACUGCUUUAAAGUUUUAGAUGUCCAAUGAGAUUUGGCAUUUUGGCGACUUGAAUAAAUGGACUAUAUGUCUAUGUCAUAUGAAAUGCAUUUGUGGAUGCAUUUGGCAGAAUGUCUUGGAUGGUUAUAAUGGAACAGCCAUGGCAUACGGGCAAACUGGGACAGGGAAAACUUGCACUCUGGGACGGUUGGGAGAAGAAGGUACUGCUGACCGUGGGAUAAUGGAUUGGUGGUGGAUAUCCCCUGACUCAUGCCUCACCAAGUUGGUCUUCUUGGCAAACUCCAUUCUUCACUGUUUAGAGAAUGCCGACGAUCAAUGACCACCAGCAAGAGAGUGCAAGACCGGAGCAAGAAGAAGCGAGUGCAUGACCUUGAAAUUGUUGUAGAGAAGCACAAAAUCCUCUCCAAAAUCCUCUUCAUACUUGAAACUCUGAAGCAAGAGUCCGAGCAAAUCAUCCCUGUACGUUCCCUUGAUCAGUACCGGAGGCAAAUUAACCUCCCAAAACCUCACAAGUUCUCAGUUUUCCUUCGGAAAUGUCCCAAGCUUUUUGAGCUUUAUAAGGACCAGAGGGGAAUUUUAUGGUGCGGAAUGACUAAAGAAGCUGAAAAUCUGCUGCAAGAAGAGGAAGAACUCAUAGAAAAGAAUAGUGAUAAGGCUGCAGAGUUUGUGACUCGGAUGCUAAUGAUGUCAAUUGGUAAGCGUAUUAGUCUGGAUAAGAUUGUGCAUUUCAGGAGGGAUAUAGGGUUGCCACUGGAUUUUAGGAGCCAUUGGGUGCACAAAUAUCCUGAUUAUUUUCGAGUUGUGAGGCCUUUUGUGCCUUAUGAUGAGGGUGAAUAUUUGGAACUUGUGAAUUGGAAGUCUAGUUGGGCAAUUACUGAGUUGGAAAAGAAGGUGAUGGGCGUUAGCAAGGCCCCUGAAGAUUAUGUUCCAGGUUUUCUUUCUCUGUCUUUCCCAAUGAAGUUCCCACCAAACUAUAAGAAGCUGUCCAAGUACAGAGGUCAGAUUGAGAACUUCCAGAACAGGGAGUAUUUGUCCCCUUAUGCAGAUGCUAGUGGAUUAAAGGCUGGGUCACAGGAGUUUGAUAAGAGGGCAGUGGCUGUGAUCCAUGAAUUGCUUAGUUUUAUGAUUGAGAAGAGGCUUGUGACAGAUCAUUUGACACAUUUUAGGAGGGAGUUUGUGAUGCCUCAGAAGCUUAUGAGACUAUUGCUCAAACAUUUUGGCAUCUUUUAUGUUUCAGAGAGAGGGAGGAGAUUUACUGUGUUCCUGAACGAGCCUUAUGAAGGUUCAGAGUUGGUUGAGAAACAUCCUCUGGUUGUUUGGAAAGAAAAGGUUCUUAGCCUUGUUGGCUACAGAAAGAAGAAAGAUAAAGAAGAAACCUUGGAGGAUUUACAAGAAAGAGACACAAACUUAUUUGAGAUUGAUUCGGAAGAUUAUAGUGUUCAGUUAGCACAUGAGAAUGAGGAGGAGGAGAUGAGUGGUUUGGAGAGUGAUUCAAUUGAAAGUGACUCUGAAAUGGAGAUUGAAGAGAUUUACAAUGCAUAUAAAGUAUCUGAAUGAAGCCGUUCUAGCUUAACUGGCCUAGGUAUAGGCAUUUUUGCAGGGAUUCUUUAUUGCGGUCUGCUAUGUCUACAGUUGGCAAAUCUACCUGCAGUCUUCUAAUGCUUUAAAAUUCUUAGGCCAGUAAUCGGUAAUGAAUUCUACUAUCAAAUUGUUCAUGGCACUUGUGGUUUUCUGGGGUUGGAUGCUUCUGCAGGUGAUGGAUCAUGAAAGUUACCAGUAGUUCAACACAUUAUGCAGUCAACUGGAUUAUGAUUUCGAAACUAUAAGUUAUAAUCCAUCGCUCAGAAAGUGCAUGUAGAUGUCAACAGCCUAGGUAACACAUCAAGGUUUAGGUAAUCAAGUGAUCAUUUGUUCCUUCGUUCUUGUUUGCACUAACAUAUUAUGAUUGAUUCCCAGUGAAAAUUUUGACGUUUUGGACAAUGAAAUGUUGGUAGUUGUAUUGCUAAAAGAUUACCAGCUCAGACUUGUGAAAUGGGCAUACGAAUGACUGAAUGAGUAUAGAGUUGAAAGGAUCUGCCCAGAAAAAUGUAUUAACCAAUAAUUUUUAUGUUCAUGUAAUUUCUUAGUAGUAUUUACAAGGUUGAUUUUAUUUUCAAACUUGAAAGAAAUGGCUUAGGCAUUAAGAGAAUUAUUUAUUUUGUACAAUGAAUAAACUUUUGUUUAUUUUAAUUUGUUCAUCUUUGUAAGAAUAAAAUCAUUUUUGGGUUUGUAUU